CUUUUGCCUUCAGCCCUAAUCCUUUUCUCUUUUAUUCUCUACAUUCUGCGCCGCGUGCCUUGCCUAGUUCCCUUCAGCAUUCUUCUUGGAUCUUCACUCAAGUCUCACGCCGACACGCCCUGCCCUCAAUCUUCACACCCAGGUCCUAGUACGCCGUGCCUUCUGCCUUCUUCUUCUUCACACCGUCGCCGAUCCACUGCACACCCACGACUCCACUGCACACAGCACACACGUCUUCUUCUUGGGCCUUACACGAUCCGGUGAUUUAUGAAGCCGACGGAGCAAAAGAAGGAGACGGUUAGGUUUUACUCUUGAGCUGAGAGACUUUGAAUUGGGAGCACAUGCUUUUAGUUUGAGUUACAUAUUAACUUAAAUGGGGAACAUAAAAGAAGAGAGAGCACGAUUUCACGAGGAUCGGAUUAGUGGAAUGCCGGAUGAAAUUCUGGUUUCCAUUCUGUCUCUCGUGACACUGAAGGAGGCGGGGAGAGCUAGUGUACUUUCCCGCCGAUGGCAAAAGCUUUGGACUUUCGUUCCUAAUUUAAAUUUCGACACACCGACACAAGAGAGGUUAUACUAUUUGGUAGACCGUAGAUGCGAAAAGGGAUUGGGGAAAUCAUAUGAUAUUGAAAGGACCAAGUAUGUGAAUUGGGUGAAUCGUGUACUGAAAUUGCAUCAGCUUCCCGCUAUAGAUCAAUUUAGGGUUUCUUUUGAUUUGGGUGUGGAUUAUAGGCGUGAUCUUGAUAAUUGGUUCAAGUUUGCAAUCGAAAAGAGAGUUCAAAGGCUUGAGCUGAGCUUUGAAAAAUCCUGUGCAAAGCCCUGCCCUUUUCCAUCCUUGUACCGGCCUCACAGUUUUCCCCGGUGUAAUUCCCUCAGGGCCCUCAUUUUAAAAUAUCUGAGUGUAAGUGGAAAAGUUUUGGAGUACUUCAUAUGCAACUGCCCCUUGCUUGAACGACUUUGUGUGCAAAAUUCAGCUGCCCUUGUCAAUCUGAAAGUUGCUGGUCCAUUAAUCCCCUUGAAGUACUUAGAGAUAUUCGACUGCAUGAAGCUACAAAACCUAGAGAUUUCUGCAGAAAAUCUUGUAUCUUUCGUAUACUCUGGGCCAAGAAUAUCCAUGCCUUUUAAGUAUGUACCCAACCUUGUUGAGAUGUCUUUGAAGGGCAUGUAUUGUGAGUAUUCAAUGUAUGAAUUCUGCGAGUUUUCAAGUUAUCUUUCGCGGCUAGAGACCCUUAUAUUGAAACUUCCGAUGAUCGAGAAAAAGAUGACGCUCCUUGAAUUUCCUACAUUAAGUAAUCUUAAGCAAUUAGAGUUGAUAGCCUUUCAUGCAGGUGAUAGUGUAAGCCUUCUUCGGUUGACUUCCCUGUUAAAAGCAGCUCCUAUCUUGUGCAGGUUAACACUGAAGUGGCGGUACCGGUACCUAUCCAAUGGUGGAAAAAAAUUACAAAAAGCUCCAAAGUGUCCUCAUCAUUGCCUCAAACUGGUGGAAUUAGUUGGAUUUAGCGCGCAAACAAUUGAUGUCGAUUAUGUCAGGUAUUUGAUUGAGAAUGCUGUUGAGCUUGAGAAGAUCAUAAUUGAUCCUCGAAGUCAAAUUUCAGUCGAAUCGCCAUGGGAGUAUGAUGAGAUAGAGAUGGAGAAAAUACAAGCUGCUCGAGAGUGCGCGAAAAUGCUUGGAAGAGAAUUAUGUUUGGGUGAUAAAUUAGUAAUCCUGUAAUUCUUCCAGUAAUGAUCAGUACUAAUUUGGUGGAUAAAUUUUCAUUGACAAUAUGUUUUUGGAUAAUGAUAUUUUUGAAUAUAUAAAAUUUCAUUGAUUAUUUGAUCAAAA